AAGAGUGCCUCUUCCAUUUUUUCUGCUUUUGGGGAGGAACAAAAACAACACCACCACCCAACUCAAGACUUCAAGACUUCAUCCAAGACUUUGCAUAAAUGCAGCAACAUAAACCAAAGAUGGAGGCAGAGCACAGACAAACCUUUCAAGAAUGAGCUAGGAACAGUACUGUGAUUGAAAGUGUGUAUUUUAUAAAGGUGGAAGAAGAUGCGUUCCCGCAGCAACAGCCUAGAAGACGUAGCAAAGGUCAAGCUGGCUCACCAGCAGAACAUGGACACGCGCAAGCGAUCCGCAGAGAGGGACGAGCCCCCGGGUAGAGCAGAACGCCGCAGCAGGCGCCAAGAGCCGCCGGACAACACUGGGACCAUCGAAAGGAACAACAAGAUGGCUAAAAACGGCGCCGGCGCUGGUGGAAGACCCAACGGCAGCAGCGCUGCGAGGGCCGGACGACGGGAGAAGGGCAGGGACCUCUCCCGGGAUGACCUGGUGUUUCUCCUGAGUUUGCUGGAAGGAGAGCUACAGGCCAGGGAUGAGGUGAUCACAGUCCUAAAGGCAGAGAAAAUCGACUUGGCGCUGCUGGAAGCCAAGUAUGGGUUUGUCACACCACAAAAAGUCCUACAGGCCCUGCAGAGAGACGCCAUCCAGGGAAAGUCAGACGUCUUCCAGGAAGACAUCUACGAGAAACCCAUGGCAGAGCUCGAUAAGUUGGUGGAGAAGCAGAGGGAGACCCACCGGCGGAUGCUGGAGCAGCUGCUGAUGGUGGAGCAGGCCCACAAGCAGGCUCUGUUCAAGCUGGAGGACGAGAAGAGGAACCACGGAGAGUUCAUGAGGAAGAGCGACGAGUUCACCAACCUGCUGGAGCAGGAGCGCGAGAGGUUGAAGCUGUUGAUUGAUCAGGAAAAGACACACCAAGAACGGAAAGACCAGGAAAACAACAAAAAGAUAGAAAGUCUAAAGGAAGAGCUGACUAAACUCAAGUCUUUUGCGUUGAUGGUUGUGGAUGAACAGCAGCGUCUCACCGAACAGCUAAAUCAGAAAACAGUCAAGGUCCAAGACCUCAGCGCCGGGUUCUCUCAGGCUCAGGAAGAGCUGAGCUCGGCUAAUGCUCGUCUGCAGGAAGAGGAGCAGAAAGUCUUUCGCUUAGAGGCUGAGCUGCGUGAGCAGGCCAGUCGACACCAUCAAGAUCAGGAAGCCAUGACUGCCAAACUGACCAGCGAGGACGCCCAAAACAGGCAUCUGCGCCAGAAGUUGUCGGCACUCAGCCGGCAGCUGGAUGAGCUGGGGGAGACCAAUAAGACCCUGAGAAGGGCCGAGGAGGAGCUGCAGGAGAUGAGGGACAAAAUUAGCCGAGGCGAGUGUGGAAACUCGAGCCUCAUGUCGGAGCUUGAAGAGUUACAAAAAAGAGUGCUCGAGAUGGAGGGGAAGGAUGAGGAGCUGAUCAGGAUGGAGGACCAGUGCAGAGACCUCAACAAGAAACUGGAGAAAGAGACCAAACAGAGCCGGUGCUUGAAAGCCGAAGUUGAUCAACUGAACCACAGAAUUACAGACUUGGAAAAACUGGAGGAUGCUUUCAGUAAAAGCAAACAAGAAUGCAUCUCACUCAAAAGUAACUUGGAGAAGGAGAGGACAGUGUCAAAGGUUCUGAGCAGUGAGCUGGAAGCUUUGAAAGUCAGAGUCAAAGAACUGGAGGCAACUGAAGGCAAGGUGGUCAAGACGGAGCAGACGCUGAAGGAAGAUCUGACCAAGUUAAAGACUCUGACGGUUAUGCUGGUGGAUGAGAGGAAAGCAAUGGCCGAUAAGCUGAAACAGAUGGAGAACAAGGUGCAAAACAGCACAGGCAAGCUUCAGGCUGAGCAGAACAAAGUUACAUCAGUCACAGAGAAGCUGAUAGAGGAGAGCAAGAAGGCAUUGAGGUCAAAGGCAGAGCUGGAGGAGAAAAUGUGCUUCGCAACAAAAGAGAGGGAUGACUUGAAGGCCAAGCUAAGAACUGAGGAAGAGAGGAAUAAAGAUCUGGAGUCUAAAGUCAAUAUGAUGAAGAAACGGUUGCAGUCACUUGAGACAAUUGAGAGGGAAUUCCUGAGAAGCAAAGCGAAAGAAGAGCAACUCAAGACACCUCUGGCAAAUCGUUUCCAGCAAGAAGACAACAAAGUCAAAGAUUUGACGCAGGAGGUUGAACAUCUAAGACGUAAACUAAAGGAUAUGAAAGUGGCAGAGGAAGACUCAUUAAAAACACCAGAGUAUGAAACACUGGAGAAAAGGUUUGUCAAUGAACAAGAAAGAGCCAAAGCCUUGAUGGAGGAGCUGGAAGUAUCCAGAAAAGAGCUUACAAUGUACCAACUGAAUGAAAAGAAGGAGUGUAACCAAGAGCAUGUCCUUUAUAAACGCUUGAAGGAAGAGGAAGCAAAGUCUAGUCAUCUGUCCAGAGAGGUGACAGCUCUGAAGGAGAAAAUUCAUGAAUACAUGGGAACAGAGGAGUCUAUCUGCCGAAUGAAAACUGACCACUCCACUCUGCAAAGAAAACUGACCCAGCAGGAGGUGAGAAACAAAGAACUCGCCCGAGAAAUGGAGACGCUAACUCGAGAGCUGGAGAGAUACCGACGCUUCAGCAAAAGUCUUCGCCCUGGCAUGAAUGGAAGGCGGUUUUCAGAUCUUCAUGUGUCGACCAAGGAGGUUCAGACUGAGCCGCUUGACUUCAUGUCUCCUAACAGCAAGACUAUGGUACCGCUGGAAAGAGCGGUGGUCAAUGGUAAGCUGUAUGACGAAAGCGAGGCUGAUGAUGGCGCAAAUUACAGCAACGAACUACAGCUCACCAAAUAUAGCCCUUCACUUAUGAACAAUGUCAACAAUCUAAACAACAAUCUGAGGCGAGCAAGAGGCCCAUUCCUCAAAACCAAAGACGCUGCCCAUCAGGUGAACGGCAAAAUGCAACCACGGCAUAACGGCAACCAUGUCCAGACUGGAGAUGUGGUGUUGACCCACUGUCCUGGGCAGCCACUGCAUAUAAAAGUCACUCCUGACCACGGACACAACACGGCAACACUAGAGAUAACCAGUCCAAACACUGAAACCCUUCAGUCAUUCACCAGCACCGCCGUCAUACCCACAAGUGGAGGACCCCCCAAGCAGAGAAUUACAAUCAUUCAGAAUGCCUCAAUUUCCCCUACCACAAAAUCCAUUUCUCCGACAACUAAAUCUAAGUGUUCCUCCAUCUCAGAUGAACCGUGCUCCCCAGAUAGGGCCCUAUCACCUUUCACUAUGACUACUUACUCCAGAGCCAUGACCCCAGACUCAUGUGAUUCAGUAACACCAGACCGAGCUAUGUCGCCAAUACAACUUGUAUCAGUGACAACAGGAGCACAGGAUCACUCCGUUCCCGCAGAGCCUGUGGAAGUCGUCGGUGGGCACGCCGUCUUCCGUGUCACCCCGGAAAGGCAAAGUAGCUGGCAGGUGCAGAGGUCCAACAGCUCGGGGUCAAACGUCAUCACCACGGAGAAUAACAAAAUCCACAUUCACCUAGGAAGUCCGUUCAUUCAGGCCAUCAGCACCCCUUCACAAGUCCCUGGACUCCAGGAGCAAAAGACUCAGACUAUUGCAAACUGCAGCACUCCCGCUGCCAAAGGCAGCAAUAAAAUCACAAGUAGCAUCAUGAUUAAGCCCACAUCUACCCCAAUCCAAAGACCGUCACAGAUUACAAUACCUCUCGAAGCAUUCCGACGUCCAGGACCGACCCGGAUCCCCAAACCAAAGGGUUUCUGCUCCCAGAAAAGCGCCAUCAGCCCGGCGAUAAACCCGGGGCCGCCGCCGGCUGCCGAGGUCGGGAGAGAACCAGCCUCACGCGCGAAGAACAGCCCGAACUUGCUGAACCGGAGACUGUGACGUCACUGACCCACGUAGCUGUCGUGCUGAAUUAAAUGUUCAAUUUCACCAAAUCUUCAUCGGCGGUGCUCUAACAGUGACUACAUGCAGCUGUUUACUGCCUGUGUUCUAUUCUAUUGGCUCGUCCAGUAACACACUAACUACGGAAAAUUAUCUGCUGCAACCGAAUUGCUCGUCUGAAGAUGUCCACAAGAACAGCAAUGACAUAAAAAUAUUAGAUUAAAAGAUAUAUAAGUUUUUCAUUUGUUAAAUGAAAAACUGUAUGAAUAUUUUUUUUGUGUAUUUGUAUUUGUCUUUGUUGUGAGAUGCAGAUAAGGAAGAUAGGUAUGGGAGACAGAAAAACAGUGACAAUAAUGUACAGAACUGAUGAGUUUUAAUGCAGCUCCUUCAUUAAAAUAUGACAUGUGCGUUAUUUUUCAUUACAAUAAAAACCUUUUUAUACUUUGA